UCUUGAGCCUGCUUUUGUAGGUCUCGAGCUCAAAUUUGGUCCUUUCUCCUGUGUUGUUCUUGUUGUGAUACAAACUUUUUGCCUCCUUUUUAUAGAUCUUGUUGUUGUUAUCGUUCCGAUUGUUUAUCUGUUCGUCUUCUUCAACUUCGUAUUCUGUUGGUGUUUUGGGUCCUUCCGGAACCGUCAAAUGGCUCGAGAAAGUUGCAAUCUUGACAAAGAUGAAGCCGAAACCCUCAAACACUCCUCUUCUUCGUCUCCGACCACGCCUCCGUCAUCAUCUCCGUCACCGCAGUCUUUGUUCUUGAAACCUUGCGAGGAACCGCCGACCACGAGACUGGGAACGCCGGCUGCGGAGACACCGAUCGUGCCGUCUUCCGCCCCGAAGCUCGAUGAUGAGGUGAAGCCUGACGAGGAAUCUAAGCCGCCGGUCAGAUACAGCAAAAGGUGCUCCACCUGCCGGAAAAAGGUGGGGCUCACUGGGUUCCGGUGCCGAUGCGGGGACCUGUUCUGCGGCCGCCACCGGUACUCCGACACCCACGAUUGCUCGUUCGAUUACAAGGCGUUUGGGAGGGAGCAGAUUGCUAAGGCCAACCCUGUGGUCAGACCUUCUAAGAUCAUCAAGAUAUAAGAUUACUACUGGGGAUGUGGAAGGCCAGCCUAGAAAUGAGAGCAAGUGGGGGAUCAUGCUCCUUUCUAUUUCCAUAAACAAAGGCUUACUACUGAAAGCAUCAUCAUCAUCAUCAUCAUCCUCCUCCAUUUGGCUAUUGCAC